AUGUUCAGAAAUAUACUGAGGUCAUCGUUCAGAAUAAGUUCUCGUUUUCCCGGAAAACAGAUUCCAGGAAUAAUUAAAGAAGCCAAGCCUGUAAUGGGAAGAAGGUACGCAUCUGGAUUCAAAGAGGAACUUGUUGAUAAGAAGUUUGCGCUAAAAUGGUUAGCCGUUGUCUCAAUAGUUGGUACGGCUAUUUUUGUUAAAGUGAUUAGAAGAGUUAAGAAUGAGCAAGAUAAUAAUAGAUUGAAUAUUAAAACAACGUACACCGAAGAGGAGUGGCAUGAGCAUUUACGGAAACUUCAGAAGAAGAAGUUCUCUUUUGAAUCCGGUGAGGAAUUUUACCUUUUCCCGUUUGCUUCCCACUCGGAGAAGAAAGUGACUGAGUUAGUCAAUAAGCUGGGUGGAUCUGAUACUGUUGCCACUGUAGACCUUAAUGAUUUGAUUGCUGCUCAGUUGGCAGACAAAUCUUCCAAGUUUGGUCAUUUACUCCAGCAAACCUUGGAGAAGAAGGAUGAGAAAUCUAAUACAUGCUACUAUAGCUUUACUUACGUUCUUUCACCAGGUGUUUUUACGCAGCUUGUGAAAGAUAAAGCAUUAGAACUAAGGGCUGAGCAUCCAAAAUAUUCAAGAUUUGUUUUAUUAAAUUAUCCAAACACUAUUGAAGAAGCCGUUCGGUUUGAACAGAAGGUUUCAAAGGUAAAAAAGCUAGUAGUUGGAGGAAAAGAGCCGAAGGACAACAGAAUUAUUGAUUACUUUGACACCGUUGACAAGGUUACAAAGAUUAAUGAUCUUUCGAAGCAGGAGCCAAAGAUCAUUAAUAGAUCUUCCGCUGAUUCAUCAAAUAUAGUUAAAAGUGUAUAUACUGGAAGUUCAUUACCCUGGGGUGCCUCAGAACCUCCUGCAGAGGCUCCAGCUAUUCUAAAAGCUCAGUAUAAAUUAAGAAAAAUGGGUCAACCAAUUCGCAAAUAUGGUGAGAAGGACAAGGACGUUAUCGAAAGACUAUCAUCUUUUGUAUCCAGUGGUAAUGGUAGCGCGUGA